AUGGCAAGUAGUAGUACGUCUAUUGUACCCCCUAGUACGUCUGUCGUACCCCCUAACAAUGCUUACGGGGAGAAAUCGGAAAAAUUCACUGGAGUGGAUUUUAAGAGAUGGCAACAGAAAAUGUUGUUCUAUCUCACGACUCUGAAUCUGGUCAAAAUCUUGAAAGAGGAUGCUCCAACUGUUGAGGAGAAGGAAACAAAUUCUCAAAAACGAGCAGCAUGUGAUGCUUGGAGUCAUAGUGACUUCUUAUGCAGAAAUUACAUCCUCAAUUGCCUUGACAACACACUAUACAACGUAUACUAUUCCAUCAAAACGGCUAAAUUACUAUGGGAGUCAUUGGAAGAGAAGUACAAAACAGAAGAUGCCGGAUUGAAGAAAUUUGUUGUAGGCAAAUUCCUGGACUUCAAAAUGGUAGAUUCUAAAACAGUAAUGACUCAAGUCCAAGAGAUACAACUUAUCUUGCACGAUAUACAUGCAGAAGGCAUGAAACUCUGUGAACCAUUUCAGAUUAAGAUUGAGGAAGACAAUCGAAAUGCUGAAAAGAAAUCUAGAAAGCAGCAAAUGGAGACUAAAGUCAACUUGGUGAAGCCAAAUACUAGCAAGAAAAGGAAGCACCCGAAUAAUAAUAAGCAAAAGAGCAAGGCUAAGAAAUUCAAAAGAGAUUGCUAUAACUGCGGUAAGCCUGGUCAUAUUGUAAAGGACUGCCGGCAGAAAAAGCAAAACAAAAAGGACCAAGUGCACUUGACUGAAGAAGACAGGCUGUCUAACGGAGUGUCUAAACUAAUGCUCUCGACUGUUGUAUUUGAAGCAAACAUGGUGGAUAAUCCGAGAGAAUGA